GUAUAUCACAUCCACCACUUUCCCAUGUCCACAGAGCCAGUUAUCUCAUCAUAGAAGGCAAUUUGGUUGGUCAGGCAUGACUUGCCCUUGGUGAAUACAUGUUGACUGUUCCUGAUCAUCAAUUCAAGUCGUAGUUAGAAACUUUUGAAUUAAUUUGAUAGAAGGCACUCAAACUGAAAGCGCUUCCUUGGGAGGGAGCUGCACUAAAUCAUUAUAGUUUUCUGUGGAUAAAGCCUUACUGAGCCACUCUUUCCCAUCUUACUACUCAGCAUAGAGUAUUAAUGUCUGAUUGAAACCAUGGCAUUUGGAAAAGGAUUCUUCCUUUUCCAUUGUAUACUCUAACCUAUUGGGGGGGGGGGGACGAUCUCUCUCACACACACACACACACACACACAAUAUGGGUAUUCUAUGAUGAAGGGGAGGAUUUUGCUACUAUUUUUUUGAGCCCUAUGUCUGCGUUGGUUUCCCUAUGCACUUGGUGCUGCUGUGCAUUGAGUGUAAAAGGGAAGGCACUAAGUGUUUGAAACAUGUAGCUGUCUGGUUGGAUACUAGACACAUUCACAUAUAUGUGUAUGUCCUGUUCCAUUUGUUAAUGGAUGAUCAGGAAGAGACAAUGGAAGCCCCAAGAACUGGGAAGCAGAGACACGCUGGACAUGUGAACACCACAUGGGUGCAGCUGGGAAACGAAGGACAGGUGUGAACAGACUGCUCUUAGGGCUGUUGCUGUGAACGGAGGACAGAUGGGGGAGAGACUGUCAAAAUGGAUCUCAGAGAAUCAGGGCAUGGCAAAGUCAUUGCUUCCACCAAUGUGGAGUCUGUCUUUAAGGUAACAUUGGAAAGAUGGUUACGCCUCUGCAUCCAAGCCAAGUGGGAAGAGGCCAUUCCUCUGGCUCUAAAAAUGGCUACAGAACAAGGCCGGCUGAAGUUUACUUGUCCCUUGUUUAGGGACCUCUACAACUUUGAGAAGUCUCGUGAUCAAGCUGUCAGCUCGUUCAUGCAGCACAGAGUGUGCAUGCACCCAGUGGCUGCAAUGCUGGUGGCCAAAGAUUUGAAAGUGGAUCAAGGACAGACUGCUUAGUUUCUUUAAAAAGCUAUGGCAAACUACUAAAACAGCACUGUAAUUCUGCAAAUCGUGUUAACAUGCAUGCUUGAUUAUUUACCUGAGUUUGUGUUCUGCUACUGUGGCAAUAAUUUGGCUUAAAUAGAUCUUCAAGAAUGGUACCUUCUUUGAGUUUUGUCAAAUCUGCAGUGAAAGUGUUCUUAAAAUGAACAACAUGUGCUGGGUCAUCACCCAAGACUGCUAGAGCAUGAAAUAUAUGGCAGAAUGCAGGUAAAACAGAGCAGGAGACACGUACAAUUCUCACGCAAGGCGUUCAGUCACAAAUUUAUUUAACACAUUAUUUUUUUAGCGCUUGUGAUCAGCAAGAAAACAUGUCCUCUGGAAUGGUGACCAAAGUAUGAAGGGGCAAACAUAAAUUUAGCAUAUCUGGCAUGUAAAUACCUUGCAAUGCCGGCUACAACAGUGCUGCACGAACAUCUGUUCUCACUUUCAGGUGACAUUGUAAAUAAGAAGCGGGCACCAUUAUCUCCCAUAAAUGUA